CAGGAAAACCAUAUUCAUCAACGAAUCACAGAACUUCGGAAAGAAGGCCUUUGGUCAUUGAGAAGGUUACCCAAACUUAUGGAGCCCAGCAGACCAAAGUCGCACUGGGACUAUCUUUUGGAAGAGAUGCAGUGGAUGGCUGCUGAUUUUGCACAAGAGAGGAUGUGGAAAAUUGCCAGUGCUAAGAAGAUGGCUAGAACAGCUGCAAGACACUUGACCGAGAAAGUGAAGAGUGUUGCCAGGGCCAAGAAGGAAGGGGAAGACAGACUUAGACGCAUAGCAUGGCUAGCUGCUCGGGAGAUUCAGCAUUUUUGGGCAAAUAUUCAGCAGGUGGUGGAGAUAAAACUUCAGGUGCAAUUACAAGAGAGAAGAAGGAAAGUCUUCUGUUCAAGACAUGAAAAAGAAAAAGGCCAAGAAACUAAAAGAGCUAACCAGCAAGGGAGAACAAAGAGAUGUUUGGAUCCAGUUAUCUCAGGGAAUGCUUAUAAAGUAACUGAAAAU